AUGUACCUCUCUUAAAAAACAUAAUUGAGAUUAGCAAAUUUAAUUACGAUUAUUGCUGAAGGGGAGAAGAAAACAGAAAUAUUCAGAUAAGUGCUGGCUGAACAAAAAAUGUUUGAACCUUACACAACUUUCAAAAGAUUAGAUUAAUUGAGAACUGGUGAAUUAACUGUCUCAGAUUUGGUUGAUUUCUUAAUGGACAAUAAAAUAACUGUGUCAAAAGCUUAAGCAGAUUAUUUAUUUUAGAAAUUAGAUUAAAAUCGAGAUGGUAAAAUCACAUAUCCAGAUUUUGUUAAGGCUAUUCUACCAAAAGAAGACUCAAGACUGAGGUAAAUUGCAACACUAAGGGAUUCCUACGCGUUGGAAAUUAACAUGUUAUUACCUACUGAAGUCGAAUGGGGACUUUCUAAAGUCUUCUACUAAGAAGUUUAAAAUUAUAAGUACUUUCAUUCUUUUGAGAUUAGUUCUAUAGCAACGGCGCAAGAAAUUUUGACUGGAAGUGCAGAUUUUACAUCUCUCGAUGCUUUUAGAUGCAUUGAUUAAACCCUCUUAGGAUACAUUACAAUUGAGACGCUUUCAGAAUUCUUGAAAUAAAAUGGAGUCAGAUUGUCCUUUGAUGAUCUACUUGCUUUUUUUAGAGUUGUAGAUAAGGAUUCAGAUGGAAAGAUCAAUUAUUCUGAAUUAUUAGAGGCAAUUAUUUUUACAUCAGAUUAUUUUUAGCAGGAGAGAUAAAUUGUGUCUGAAUUAAGGAAGAGUAGAGAACGUAUAAUUCAAUUAGAAAAAGAGAAAGAAGAAAACGAUGUACUUAAAAGAAGUAGAGAAAGAAUUGAAGAACUCAAAAAAAGCAGAGAAUAUUUAGAGUAAUUAGAAGAACUUAAAAGAAGCAGAGAAAAAAUAGAAUAAUUAGAGGAAUUAAGGUAGAGUCGUGAAAGAUUGCAGGAUCUCAAGAAAAGUAGAGAGGUACAAGAAGCCCUGAAAAAUAGUGGAGAAAAAAUAUAAGAUCUAUAGAAAAGUAGAGAAAGAUUAGAAGAAUUAAAAAAAAGUAGAGAAAGAUUAAAUUAAUUGGAGGAGUUAAGGAAAAGUAGAUAGUAAAUGGAAGAAUUAGAAGAACUAAAAAAAAGCAGAGAGAGACAAGCUUAAAUUGAUGAAUUGAAGAAAAGCAGAGAACGCCUAGAAGACUUAAGAAAGAGUAGAGAAACGCUAUAGUAACUUGAAUAGGAGAGGAAAAAUCAUGAAAAAAUAGACGAGCAAAAAAAGUCUAGGGAAAGGAUUGAAGAACUUCAAAAGUAAAGAAAAAGAAUAGAGGAGUUAAGAACUUAUUAAGAAGCGCUAGAAUUUUAAAAGAAAGAAAGAGAAGAGUUGGAUUUGAAGAGAAGUUAAGAAAGAUUGUCAGAAUUGAAAAAAAGCAGAGAGAGAUUAGACUAGAUAGAAGCAUUAAGAAAGAGCAGAGAAUAGGAAAAAACACUAUCAGAUAUGAAAUAAAGUAGAGAGAAAAUUGAAUAGCUUAGAGAAUCCGAGUUGAGGAUUUAGCAAUUAGAAAAUUAGCGUCGGAGCAUAGAAAGAAGCAGAGAAUUAGAGAAAAUAGAAAGAGAUUUAGAAUAUGAAAGAUAAAGGAGUUAAGAGAGAAUAUAAAGAUUAGAAUUAGAGGCUGAAAUUGAACGAAAGUAAAGAGAAAGAGUCUUAGAUGAUGAAAUCAAUUUUGUUUAAAGUAGAAUUUAUGAUACACCAAAGAGAAGAUAUUGA